AUGUCCGGACAUAGCUUCGGACUUACAAGGGCGUCGGCGUCGACAGCAAAACCUCGUUCAGAGAUGACUUUAGAUGAAAUAGCAAAGAUUGAGGAGGAGGAAUUCAGUACAGGGCCUCUUUCUGUCCUCACGCAGUCCGUAAAAAACAACACACAAGUUCUGAUUAACUGCAGGAAUAAUAAAAAGCUGCUUGGCCGCGUAAAGGCGUUCGACCGGCAUUGCAACAUGGUUCUCGAAAAUGUGAAGGAAAUGUGGACUGAGGUGCCCAGGACUGGCAAAGGAAAGAAGGGCAAAGCAGUGAACAAAGAUCGAUUCAUCUCAAAGAUGUUUCUGCGUGGAGACUCUGUCAUUCUAGUUUUAAGAAACCCCCUCGCCACUGCUGCUGGGAAGUGAAUCUAUAUUUUAAGACUGAGUAUACACUAAAUAUAUGUAAUGCGGCAGAUUUUUCAGUGGCUCAUAACACUUUUGUACUGUAUCUUACUACAGACCUGCCCCUGUCUUGUUUGUAUUGUAUUAUCUAGGUAACCUAUCACAAAGUUGAGAAUUUUUUUGUGUGAAAUAACAUUUGUUUGAAUUUACAUUACUGAAAACCGAUUUCAUGUUCUUUCAGGAUAUGUUAAAUGUUUAUCGCAAAGACAUGAUUACGUUCGGUUAGGUUAAGUUUAAAAGAAAAAACAUUUUCCUCUCAUAAUUACUUUCGAGGCUAUGAAAUUUCGACUAAACGUCAUUUCUGGAAAAUGUCUUUUCAGACUACUGAUAGGUAACCUGUAUUCUACUAUCAAGGCAUUUAGUUGAAUUUGUGCCUGUAGAUUUUUGUUAUCCCGUUAUGUUGUCAAUUCUGAAUUGUCCAUUCUGUGACAACUGCCCCAUUUCAAAGCAUCACAAGGUCACAGGUCUUCUCUGGACAAACUCUUUCACAAGGUACUCUACUGCUGCUUAUUUCUAAUUAAAUAAAUAUAUACCAUUAGCCUUUCAGGUUUUUCACUCAUUAUGAUUCAAAAGCAAAUUUGCUAUGUCAACCUUACCUGUACCAGUACCUACUCGACUGUGGUGUGCUGUGUGAUAUUGAUGUUUAUGAAAUAUUGGAAUAUCUCCAGCUAUCCAAUCACACCCAACUUAAAGUGUACCCCUGACAGGCAUAC